AGUUGGACGCGGCCUGUGAGACGUUUCGUCGCCUCGCCUCGCUCCCGAGCUUUGGUUUUCGAGCUUUCGGUUUUCGUUCUUCACCCGCGCGGAAUCCUCGCUAUUCUCACAUCAGAGUCGCUCAAGACCUUUCGGCAUCGCCGUAAGUGUAGUUGUGUCCGAUUUUGGCCGGCGGAUUGAGAGCUUUCCGCCCAGAAUCACCCGAGUUUCCUUUUUUCGUCGUUUUCGUCAAGUUUUCGAGAUGGUUUUCUUGACGGACGUGUCCAAGUUGCUCUUCAGUACUUCCAAUCACCGGAACCACCACCGCAACAAUAACAACUCGCAAACAGCGAAGUACUCAGGAUAUCCAAAGAAAGUGCGGAUUGUGGAAGUGGGCCCUCGUGACGGACUUCAAAACGAACCAAAUAUUGUUCCGACCAACGUCAAGAUUGACUUCAUUAACCAGCUCUCCAAGACCGGUCUACAAACUAUUGAAGCCACAAGUUUUGUCUCUCCAAAAUGGGUACCCCAGAUGGCUGAUAGUUCAGAAGUGCUUCAAGGAAUCAUGAAACAUCCCCGUGUCAACUACCCAGUUUUAGUGCCCAACAUGAAAGGUUUAGAAGCCGCUAUAAAAGCUGGAGCGGAAGAAAUAGCCAUAUUUGGAGCUGCUUCAGAGACCUUCAGUCGCCGAAAUAUCAAUUGUUCAAUUAAGGAAAGCUUAGAAAGGUUUCGAACAGUUGUGGCAACAGCUUUAGAUAAUGGCUUGAAGGUUCGAGGAUAUAUUUCUUGUAUCUGUGGAUGUCCAUAUGAAGGCUCAGUUCCUCCUAGUCAAGUCACCAAGAUGGCCAGAGAGAUGUAUAAUAUGGGCUGCUAUGAAAUAUGCCUAGGAGAUACAAUUGGAGUGGGCACCCCUGGUUCAAUCAGAGCUGUUUUAGAAGAUGUUUCAAAGGUGGUUCCUAUUGAGAAAAUCGGCAUCCAUUGUCAUGAUACUUAUGGACAAGCUCUAGCAAAUAUCCUCACAGCUUUAGAAAUGGGUGUCUCUAUUGUUGAUGCAUCUGUUAGUGGGCUAGGAGGCUGUCCGUAUGCCAAAGGUGCCUCAGGUAAUGUAGCCACCGAGGAUCUAGUCUAUAUGCUGGAAGGUAUGGGCAUCGAUACAGGGGUUAACUUAGCUGCUCUACUCCGAGCUGGUCAGUUCAUCCGCAAGCACCUUGGUAGGGAAACUGAGUCAAAAAUUGGUCGUGCCGUCAGUAUUGAUAACAUCAAAAUUUUGGAGAAUUACAUCAAGAGGAAAUCACAUGACCAGAUCUCAGUGGCUGACUAAAAUUGCAAGACAGGAUGUAUGAUUUUUAUGAGAAGACUGAUAGGAAUAUUGUAAAUUAAGUGUGUACAAAUGUAAUUUAUAAUUUAAAGUAGGGAUUUGAAGAUUUCUCAGUCUUGCCGAAAAGUUUAUUCGGUAUCAUAUUUUGGCAGAGAAUAGAUAUUAGUUGCGAUAAACCGUCACCUCAGUUCAAAGUUGAUAAAACUGUUUUGCUCAUUUGCAAUGCAGGCUUAGGAUGUUUUUCACAAUUUAAAGCUUUCAAAAGAGCUGUACAUAGUGAAAAAUGAUUUUGAGCAAUGAAGUACUAGUACAUACAGAGAUAUGCUUGUUUCCUUUUUUUUAAGGAGGUACGUGCAUGGAGAAAUCAUUCAUUUUGAUUUUGCUCGCACAAGCCAGUCAAGUUUUUUCAAUGAAUGUAUUUUUCUGUUGAAUUGAGAAAAAUUUGAUUCAACCUAAACCUUAUGUUUUUUACCGGAUCAAAGUGCGGUUGGUCAACUCAAAUAUAUAUAUUCCUAACCAAUUAUGUGAAAUUUUCAAGUCCCACUCUCUAGAGUGAAGUGUUUCGCUCUAGGGUUAUUUUGUUCUUUGCUGUGAUUGUGAAGUCAUAAUUUAAGUCUGAUGUGAAGUUUUGGUCUGAUUCAUGCAGCAAACUUCAUCAGAUUGUUAAUAAUAUGUAAUGUACUUAUAUGUGUUAUCAGAUUAUUUAUGAAUGCCUCUGCCUAUCUGACUCCAGAAUCUGGAUCUGUUUAACGACUGUAAAAAUUGAGUAGCACAUAGAGCAUGUUGCUCGCAAUGAAUCCUAAUGUUUGAAAAAUGAACUAACAUUUGUGUUUAAUAUUGUGAUACUUUUGGCACUAGUCACUGAAACUGUGAUUCAACCAUGUCCCCCCCUUUAAAAAAAAAAAAAAAAAAAAAAAAGUUCAUCUCAACUUUACCAUGUACACUUUGUUCUUUAUCCCAGUUUAAAACUCUUUUGUCUGUUUGCUUCCCUCAGCAACAAUUCUUAGCGGUUCCAUUCAUUAGUAAGAAUAUAUUCCAUUAACAUCUACAAAUAUUCAACAAAUUAACACUUUUACAUAAAUGAACCAACUAGAACGUCUUUUUAGAAUAUCUGAAGAAUCCAUUCAAGUUUCUUUCCAUACUUUUACCUCUGAGUUGAUCAGGUCAAGUUCAAGCUGAGAACAUUCUUCACAUUUUUCUCUUUGAACAAGGCAGCUUACUUCUUUUCUCAGUGGAGUUCUGCACAAGACAUUAUGCAAUUAUUGAUCUAGUUGAGCCAGUUUUGAAGUAGAGUCAACAUUCUAGUUCUGCUGCCUCUCCCCCACACUUUUCGCUACAUGAGCAAACUGCCGUUGAUUAUCAUAGUUUGCAAGAAAAACUUCUGUAUAUCAGUGAUUCAGCGCACUUCAAUGAUUAUAAUUUUAUUAAAGUAUGGAUCACAUAAGUAUUGAUGAAAUGGAUUCAUUAUAUAUCGAUGGUGAAACUGCAGAAAUGUGUAUUUUAGUUCGUGAUAUUGCUGACUUCCUGUCAAACUGUAUUUUCUUCAUAGAAAACUACACAACAUCAUUUCUUGAAAACUUCGAUGAUGUUUUUUCUAUUUCAUAUAUAAUAUUACAUAUGUAAAUAUUUUUUCCAAAAUUUCAAGUCAUGAUGCUGUUUCGUUCUCUUUUUAAAAAUCAAAAUAGGAGCGAAGAUUUUGAAACACCGCAACCAAUGCUAGCACUUUUGCAGUUUCACCAUCAAUUUGUGGUAUUAUCUAACAGUGAAUUUCAGUCACCUAGGAGCUAGUUUUUCCUUGUUAUUUAACUGCAACUUUUUGCUUCAAUACCUGAUUUAUUCAGUCAAUUAGGAUCUCCUCCUCAGAAUGUAUGUAUGUGAGUACUGGUUGCCAAAGGUUUUUGAAUCUGUCUUUUUUAAGAUAUUCAAAAUUGCAAAGAAAUUUUAUUUUCACUAUUGUGUGUGUAUCUUUAUCUUUUUUUUUAAACAGUUAUAUUUUCCUUUCUUUUUCUCGUUUUGCCAAUUUAUUGUCUCAUGCAAAAUUUAAAGGAAAGUGUGCAUCUAACUAAUAAUUUCUUUCAAGUAUACGGUAAAACAUUUUGGAAAUUUGAGUGUCUGGAUCUCUAAAUGACUCAGAUGAUAAGGUAAUCAGCUACCAGACAGCUAGUUAUAGGCAUUGCAGCUUAAUUUUGCAGUACUUGACAGUUUAUUUUUUACAUCUGCUCAUUCAAAAGUCUUAAAUAGGGACGAAUCCCAAAAUCAGAAGGAGAUGAACGCAACAGAGUGUGUUUGGUGAACAAUACUCUCUACUCAUAGUGAAUCAUGGGGCUCAAUACACUAUGAGAUGUGGUGUCAUACUUACUUUUUAGAAUGACUAUAUUACCCUAGCUCCAGCUCUCCUUUUGGUUUCUAGCACUUAGUGAUGUACCUUUUAAUCGGUAGCCUCCUAAAAAUUUCAAAUUCAACCAGUUUCUUGGGCACAUUUUUUGACAAGGUUAAUUGCCUCACACUUUUAGUCAAGUUUGUUACCAUAUUCCUGUAGAUACAUAGUUACAUCUCCUUAAUUAGUGUCGCUUAAACAGCUCUCGGCUACGCACAAACUGGAGCUCUCAAAGACGCUCAACAAUGUCUUUUUCGGCCCUAUUGACCAGCACUGCAAGUCGGAGCAAUUGAUGAGUCUCUUUGAAGUCCAUAGUUUUUACAAGAGGAAGACUUUUUCGGUGGACUGAGUUUAAUAGAAACGCACCAAUUUCUGUCAAGUUCCGUUCUGUCAAGUUUGUUUCUGUCAAAUCUCCAUUUUUGGUGUAUUAACUUCUGUUGUGUCAUAAAAUCAGCACAAAAUUUAACAUUCAAGAAAAAGUAAGGGCAUUUCUUUGUCUCUGGGAGUUUGUAAGUGCACACUCAAAACUUAUUCCCACAAAUAUCCGUUGUCAGACACACUUAAAACGCAAUGUCUUCCCAUAUAGAUUCAGCUUUUUCUAAAAAAAAAAAAAA